CAAGUGUGGCUGGCUCAGCAGCCUCGAAAGACAACAUCUCUGUAUUCGCUAGCCGUGAUUAUUUAUCCGUCUUCGGCUUGAUCGCAGCGACAUCAGUCUGCAUACCAGGAACGAUAGAGCCUCAAGCCCAUCAUGGAGGUUCUCUUGGGUAUCACGGGCAAGGACUUUACCUUGAUUGCCGCCUCGAAGGCUGCCAUGCGCGGCGCCACCAUCCUCAAAGCCUCUGAUGACAAGACACGGUCGCUAAACAAGCACACACUGCUGGCCUUCUCUGGAGAGGCCGGCGACACCAUCCAAUUCACAGAAUACAUCCAGGCGAACGCCCAGCUCUACUCGAUGCGCAACGAGACCGAUCUCUCCCCAACAGCACUGGCACACUUUGUCCGCGGCGAGCUCGCCACAAGUUUACGUUCUCGCAAGCCGUACAACGUCAACCUGCUGCUAGGCGGCGUCGAUCCCAUUACUCACAAGCCCAGCCUGUUCUGGAUCGACUACCUCGCGUCCUUGGCGCCUGUACCGUAUGCUGCCCACGGCUACGCGCAGUACUACUGCCUGUCUAUCCUCGACAAGCACCACCACCCAGAUAUCACGCUCGUGCAGGGCAUGAAGCUGCUCGAGCUUUGCACAGACGAGCUCAAGCGGAGAAUGCCUGUAGACUUCAAGGGCAUGACGGUCAAGGCGAUCACCAAGGACGGCGUACGGGAGAUAGAGUUCAACGACGACAAGAUCGUAAAGAGUGCGUGAGCAUGUGGUAGUUGAACAAUGGAUGGCUGGAAAAGCAGAGCCACAAUCAGCAUCAUCGUGUUUUGAGGUGUGCUUAGGGGGCUUAGAUCAACGAAAUGCCACUUCCCUUCGCAUGAUGAUUGAACGUGCAUUUUGCUGUGCUGUUUGCGAACACGUGCAUGAUCUUCGGCUCGCCGCAAGGAC